GUCUACAACAUUAUUGAUAAAGCUGUCUGUGAAAACAUCAAUUUCACCUGUCAAGGAAGAUUUUGGAAAGCUAACAUCAGACUAGAGGAACAAUUUUUCCCUCUUUAUUUUCCCWUUGGCUUUGUAUAUAUAACUACAUUCAUUGCAGUCAUCUCUUCUGCCCUUCUCCUUCUCUUUUCUCUCUGGAGACACAAACGCAACAUGCAGACAAACUCCAUGAGCAGCCUCAGCAUGGAUGCCCACAUCAAAGCCAUGAAAUCUAUUCUCUCCCUCUUAGUCAUGUACAGCAUCAACUUUAURACAUUGAUUGUGGCAAUGAUUUAUUCCACAAAGGAAGAUAAGGYCAUAAUGUUUCUUAUUUCUGUAUUUCUGUAUGCUUUUCCAGGCGUUCAUUCCCUUAUUCUGAUUUUCAGCAAUCCCAAAUUGGUAAAGAUAUUUCUAAGGAUUCUUCCAUGUGUGAAGUGCAAGGUUUGCAUGAAGUAG